AUGCAGCAGGAGUUGAAGCCAAUCACAUCCCAGAAUGGACAGAGUGACAUUGUCUACAUCCAGUCAGAGUCACCCUUGAAGCCACACCCCCCCACACAUCUUCCAUGCCCCGCCUACUCUAUCUCGGACCAAUCGUACGAGGCGCUGUUCGAACAGGCAUUACCUCGAGCUGCGCCUCUCUUUGUGGCCAAAAAAACGAAGGAGGCGCUGCAGAGAGCUGAGCUGGACCGCAGUCCUGUUUCUCCUCUGGAACUUUUGGACCAACUGAGACCAGUCCAAGACAUGCUAAUCCUCCAGGGAGACCACGCCCACCAGCAGCUACUCAUGUCGGCUGUGAACAAGUGCAUGGACCGAAGCUCGUCAGGCCCUGCCUCUCUGACUCCAUCUAUCGUACCUGCUGCAGUUUCGGUGGAGGAGCUGAGCAUUGAGCUGCUGCUGGUUCAUAAUCAGCUUCAGUUUGAGCGUUUUAAGAGACAACAACACGCCAUGAGAAACCGAAGGCUGCUGAGGAGAGUCAUCCACACCACAGCCCUCGAAGAGCAAGUCAACGCUACGGGGGCGCAGCUGAGCGUACUGGAGGCGGAGUUACGUUUUCUCAAAGACAGUUUAGUGGUGGAGCAGCGGCGCUUCUCUGAGCUGAAACUUCAGUCCGAGAGCACCACCGCUCAAUUGCAGACGCGCUUACAAGACCUGAGCUCCAGCCAGCAGGGGGCACUACAGGACAAGGCCCGCCUCCAGAGUGAGCUGCAGCAGUGCCAGACCCGUCUGAAGGAGCAGGAGGCGGAGCUUCAGAGAGCCAAUCACAAGGCUUAUAACGCCCAGCACCAGCUGUCACAACUGUCUAUAAAAGUGAGCAGUGGGGAGGAGCUCCAGCAGCACCUGUGUCUUAUGAACCAACAGAUACUUCUGCUCCGAGAGUCAAACCGAACUCUAAGCCAAGCUCUGAGUGCCUCGGAGACGAGCUGUGACACGGAGGCGUUGCUGCUGCAGGGGGUUGUGGGUAAUGAAGUGCAGACUUUGAAGGAGAGCGAGAUGCAGCUUAAACAAGCCCUGGAUUCAGCCAAUCAUAGAGCAGCAGAUCUCGAGACCCAACUCGCCCAAAAAGACCAGCUGAUCCUUGACCAGAAGAAACUAUUGGAGGACUGCAAGGCUCACAGCAGGUCUCAGCUCUCGGCCUCGGAGUCCCGCUGUGUGGCUCUACGGUACAUCACUCAGAGUCUUCAGACCGAGCUGCUUCACCUCUACAGCCAGGUGCAGGUCCAGUCCAACCAGAGUCAAGACCAGGACAAGGACUGGAGCUACAGCAGGCAUGAUGGUGAAGGACAUCAGAGUGAAAAGAGGCCCCGCCCCUCCGCUUCUGUUAACAUCGCAAAUAGUGCUAAUGCUAAGCUCCAGCCUCUGUACUCUCCUCCCGUCGAGUCUCCGCUUACGGUCGGCUCUUUCCUCGAGCAAGAGGCUCGACGGCUGUUUGGACCAGCCAAUCAGAGCCCAGAGACAGGGCAGGGAACUAAUCACAGCCCGGAGCUUGCAGAACUAGAGAGUCCUGUAACGAUUGUGUUGGACGAAGCCAAUUUCAGCCUAGAAACAGAAAAGAUUACAGAUCAUGAGGAGCAGACCACAACACUAGAAGAAAAAGUUGAACAAAGUCCACCUAAAGAGUCAGAGCAAGUAGCCAAUCAAAGCCCAGAGGAGGCAGGACUAGAAGAGGAAGCGGAGGAAGUGCAGGAAGAAAUGCUACUGGCAGGAAGCCCCCCAAACUCCCCUCAAAACUGGGGUGCCACCGGUCGAAACAGCAGAGUUGGACCCACACACAGUGACCUGACAUUUGCAGUGCGACAGCGUAGAUUGGAGCUUAGUCUCAUGGAUUACAACGAGACCGAACCAGACUCUUGA